AUGAUGGAGGAUUCAUCGGAGGACGGCAAGACCUUCCGGCUGAUCAUCCUGAUCGUCUUCUGCGUCAUCAUCGCCGUAUGCGGCGCCGCAUGUCAGUCAGUGCCACAAAGCGCACACACCUCGCCAAUGAAUGAACGUCUGCAUGCAUUCUUGUGUGCAGGUGCGGUGUGCUGCUGCUUUGUCUGUCCGCCGUUGAUAAGGUUCAAGCAGUAUAGCGACAGGAGGGGCGGCAUACCGGCGGGCAACAUAAAGGGCGGCGGGGCGGGCGGUGUGGUGGCGCUGUCUGUGCUGUUGGGCAAGCCGACCAGCAGAAAGCCGCCGGACCACCAGCACAACCACAACGACAACCAGCAGCCUGACAGGGCAUCGACGAGCGACACUGCAGCGGUGGACGUGGAGUGAGUGGGAGACCAACCAGCAGUAGCACUGCAGCACGGAGGUUAGGUUGUGUACAGCGGCUGGCUGGGUAGAUGGAUGGAUGGAUGGAGGGCUGCACGCAAAGAGCCUUCUUCGUGUUGGCGGGGGCGGGUGUGUGGGCGAUGGAUGUACAUACGCU